CAGAAACAUAGCCGUUAAUGUCAGUGAAAGGCAAUGUUGACAUUCUCUCUUCUUCCUCCCGCCAACUUUCUCUCUCCAUCUUCCUACCAUAACCAGUACCACCCACCUGCAAUUUCAAUCAAAGUUCCCACCUUUGACCACCUCAACAGCCGUCUGGUUCAUCAAGCCAAUGUGGGCCAACUUCAUCAAGCAAUCUCCACUCUUGAUCUCAUGUCCCAGCAUGGGUUCAACCCUGACCUCUCUACUUUUUCUCUUCUCCUCAAAUCCGCCAUUAGAACCCGCGAUUUUAACAUUGGAAAGCUCCUUCACUCCAGAAUCACUGACACAGGACUCGCGCUCGACUCGGUCACGCUCAAUUCGCUCAUUACCUUGUACUCUAAAUCCGGGGAUUGGCGGAAAGCGACUGAAAUUUUUGAUGAAAUGGGAGGAAAAACGAGGAAUUUGGUAUCUUGGACUGCUAUGAUUUCCUGUUUUUUGAUCAAUGGUAUGGAAUUGAAGGCUAUUCAAAUGUUUGUAGAGAUGUUGGGUUUCGGUUUUUGCCCGAAUGAAUUUUGCUUAGUGGCCGCAGUUAGGGCUUGUUCUAACGGUGAAUGGGCUAGGGUUGGGGAUAUAAUUCAUGGAUUUGCAUUGAAAACAGGAAAUUUUGAUAAUUUAUGUGUUGGGUGUGCGUUGAUUGACAUGUAUGUGAAGGGUUUUCAGGACAUUGAUUGUGCAAAGAAGGUGUUUGAUAAAAUGACUGAGAGAAAUGUGGUUGUAUGGACUCUUAUGAUUACAAGAUUUGUGCAAAUGGGUUAUCCCGAGCAGGCAAUUCGAUUGUUUCUUGAAAUGGAACGGAGUGGAUGUGAGCCGGAUUGUUUUACAUUUACCAGUGUGAUUUCUGCUUGUUCUGAUCUCGAAUGGUUCUCGUUUGGGAAGCAGCUACAUUCUAGAGUUGUUUGGUCCAGGUUGAUGAAUAAUGCUAGUGUUGGAUGUGGUUUAGUGGAGAUGUAUUCAAAGUCUGGUGAUCAUGAUUCUCUUUCUUGUGCUAGGAAAAUAUUUGAUCAGAUACUUGACCAUAGUGUAAUGUCUUGGACUGCCAUGAUCUCAGCACACGCUCAAAGUGAAGGGCAUGAAAGAGAAGCUGUUGAACUUUACAUCGAUAUGAUUAAAGGCCUAGUGACACCCAAUCAUUUUACAUUUGCUAGUAUCAUUAAAGCGUGCGGAAAUCUUUGUGAUCCACGUAUUGGUGAACAGAUGUAUGGCCAAGCAGUGAAGCUAGGUCAUGCUUCAGAUAUUUGUGUGGGAAAUUCUCUUAUUAGUAUGUUUUCCCGAUCCGGUGCAAUGGAGAAAGCAAGGAAAGCCUUUGAUGUGCAAAUUGAGAAGAAUCUAGUUUCCUAUAAUGCAAUGGUGGAUGGAUAUGUCAGAAACCUGAAUGUUGAUGAAGCAUUUGAACUGUUUUGCCAAAUUGGGAAUGCUAAGGUGAGGCCAAAUGCAUACACAUUCAGUAGUCUAUUAAGUGGAAUUGCCUCCAUUGGUGCUGGCAGAAAGGGAGAGCAAAUUCACGGACAAAUUGUGAAAGCAGGAUUAGAAUCAAAUCAACAUAUCUGCAACGCAUUAAUUUCAAUGUACUCAAGGUGUGGCAAUAUCGAAGCUGCUCUUUCGGUGUUUAAUGACAUGGAAAAUCGGAAUAUUAUAUCAUGGACAGCAAUGAUCACAGGUUUUGCAAAACAUGGGUUUGCUAGAAAGGCUUUGGAGAUGUUUGAUAAGAUGAUUCAUGACGGUGUAAAACCAAAUGAGGUCACUUUCACUGCUGUUCUAUCAGCUUGUAGCCAUGUGGGCUUGGUUUCUGAAGGAUGGAGACAUUUUGAUUCAAUGUACAGAGAUUACAGAGUUGUUCCAACGAUGGAACAUUAUGCAUGCAUGGUUGAUUUGCUUGGAAGAUCUGGUUUUCUUGUAGAAGCUCAGGAAUUAAUCAACUCAAUGCCAUUCAUGGCAAAUGCUCUUGUUUGGAGAUCAUUGCUGGGAGCCUGCCUAGUGCACGGAAACACUGAGAUAGGAGAGCACGCUGCAAAAAUGGUUAUGGAGAAAGAUCCUGACGAUCCUGCUUCAUACACUUUGCUCUCAAAUCUCUAUGCAUCUAAAGGUCGGUGGGAAGAUGUGCGACAGACCAGAAAACGAAUGAAAGAAAAGAACUUGCAGAAAGAAGGUGGAUGCAGCUGGAUUGAGACUGAAAAUCAAUUGCACAAGUUCUUUGUGGGGGAUACGUCACAUCCUCAAGCAAAAAAGAUAUAUGAGAAAUUGGGUGACUUGAUUCACGAAAUAAAAAAGAUGGGUUAUAUCCCUAAUACAGAUUUUGUUCUUCAUGACAUUGAAAAGGAGCAAAAGGAGAAGUACGUAUUACAGCAUAGUGAAAAAUUGGCUGUAGUGUAUGGUCUUAUAAGCACGCCGAGGUUGAAACCUAUUAGGAUCUUCAAAAACCUACGUGUGUGUGGGGAUUGCCAUAUGGCAAUGAAAUACUUUUCAAAGGCAACAGAAAGAGAAAUAGUCGUGAGGGAUUCAAAUCGGUUUCAUCACUUCAGAAAUGGUUCAUGCUCUUGUGGAGACUACUGGUGAUUAUAUUAGAUUGCCUUAUGAAGACAAGAGGUAUAUGUAUUCCACUGUUUGUUUCCUCUAAACUACUUGAUCAGUCCACAUUUUUGUGAGAGGUUUACAAGAUGUAUGCUGCAAAAUGAUCCAUAUGCACACGGCACACUCCAGUGUUCAGAGUUACUGACAUGUAAAUCUCAUACAGGGAUGCAUGACAUGCAUCUGUGAUGUUUCUGUUAUUGCUAUGUGAAACAACUUGGAGAUAUUCUAGAUCAUUCUAGAUUGAAUGAAAGAGCACGUGAAAUUUGGGCUAACAAACGAUAAUUAUCCCUCAUAAGUACAGAAACUUCUUCUAAGUUGCCUCAUAAACAAAUUACUGUCAGUCCUCCUCACUUGACAAAGCUUGACUCUGGUUUUUCUGAUUGUCACUGUGAGUUAACAUACACUCUGUUAAGUUGAUAUAUGCGUUUUAUAUAGAGUUUUCACCCCCGUCCCUUAGUACUUUUAUGUAUCAAACGUGCUCUUAGGAGCCGUUUCUAGUACUAAUGUGUGCUAUUGACUGUGCCUUGAGUUUCAGGUUUGAUUAUGAGAAAUUGGUCGUUUUAGACCCGUAGAUAGGAAUUAUUUCUAGUACGUAGCGAGAGCCCGCUAGUUGUUCUAUCCUAAGGAAUUCAUAAGAUUCGAGAGAUGCAUGUUUUCCUAGUUAUGAUUGUUAAUUGAUUGUCAUUGUUCGUUGUCCAAUCCCGGUCUGCAUUUAUGGUGAACUGCUGCCCUAGAUUCCUUUAAUAUUGUUAUUAUCCGAUUUGAUUAUUUGCUUUAGUUUAAUACACAACCCAAUCCAACCUCUUGUUACCGGUAGUCUAGAUUAGUAAUUUAAUAGUAGAAAGAACGCAUGUUUCCCUGUGGAUACGAUCCCUGCUUCCCUUGCUAUAUUUUUAGUUGGUGAACGUUAGGUUUAUCUUUGAUAGGAGUACGAUUUAGCCUGUCAUAAGUCUCAAUAACAUGUAGUCAUGUACUCCCUCCGUUCCUUGGUGUAGAAUUCGGAAAAGUUAUGUUUAUCAGAUCAAGGAAUUGAAUAAUGGAAGUACAUGUUAUGUUGUAGAUUGAUAUUGUUACAACUUUAUCAUGUAACUCUUGUAAUAGUUAUUCAGCAUUUUGGUAAUAUCAGUUCAUCAGAUAUUGAACAUUUUAAGAUUAAGUUUACAUAUAUA